AUGCUGACUAUCAGGACGAGGAUAAGGAGCACGUACUCGACCUACCAACACUCUCGAGCACUCUCAAGCUCUACCCACUUCUACAAUCAGUCGACCAGUCAGAUCACUCGACCAGACCCAAGAGAAGAAACAGUGGUGCAAAAAAACGAUGGACUUCCUAAAGCUAAAUCCAUCACUUGGAGCGCCAACCAGAAACCCAAAUCACAGGCAAUGAUUGGCCCAAGAUUCGAGCAGACUAACCUGGACGCCCAGCCGAACCCAUUGCCGGCAAUCGAACUGAUCAAGAAACAGCCGAUCCGGAUGGUUCCUAGUCGGGUCGCAGCCUGUGAUGGAGGCGGCGGCGCGUUGGGACAUCCUAGAGUCUUUAUCAAUCUCGAUAAACCUGGACCUCAACCAUGCGGAUAUUGUGGACUUCGGUUCGAACGAUCGCAUGACGACCAUCAUUGA